AAGACUUCUUGGUUUCACAGUAUGGUUUCACCAGUGGCGUCACUUGAGCGUUCCCGGCAUCACCCUUGGUAUUGGAGGCGAAGCCUCUCCGAUGUUGGUAGCAAGAAGCCCCGGUUAGUAUGCAUGUACCCCCAGUAGUUUAGUAGGCCCUGCUGUCGCUCAAGCGGCACGUGGGGCUGAGGUUCACUAAGCUAUCAAAUAAAAAAAAAACAUUAUGGUUUCACAAUAAUUCAUUUUCAUCCGUAGAAGAUACAUCAGGUUUAGGUUUAUGUUAUUAUCUUGAUAUAUUUCCUGCAAUUAACAAUGCCCUGCCGUGAUAGGUUUACAUAUAAGUCACUGUCUUGAUAUUAUUUUCUUCAAUUAACAAAACCUGGCCUAACUUCUUUCAUAGAAUCAAACCUUGCCUAAUUUAAACAGGACAAAACAAUUAAUCUUUUUUAUAAAAAAACCCAAAACCAAUCGAUCGCGGGCUAAGAUCAGGUGACUAGGGGGUCGCUUAAUCACAUGAUUAAGUCAAUCUAAGCCUGAAAUUUAUUAAAAUCCAAUGUUUCAGAUUUAUCUAGUUUAAUUGAGGGUAAGGUGGUAAUUAUUUAAUUUAUUUAUUUAACAACUAAAUUAAAAAAACAAAAAAAAGGUGCGGCCUCCACCCUCCCCGCCUGCGGCCGCCGUGGGGUUUUUGUGUCCCAGUACGAGAGAGAGAGAGUUUUUCCGACAACGGUGGAACAGUUUUCCGGCGACCAGAGACGGUGGUGGAUGAUUUUCCGGUAACAGCGGUGUCUCUCUCUCUCCUCUGUUUUCCGACGACGACGGCUAGAUCGGCUCUCUCUCUCUCCAAGGUUGCCGCCUCUGUCGCGAUCUCCUUUCCCUCUCUCCAUCGUCGUCGGCGCCGUCGAUAUCUCCAUUCUUUCUCUCCAUCGUCGUCGUCGCUCCCCUCUCUUUCACCGUCGUCGUUCUUCUCUCCUACUACUGCGUUUCUCUCUCUUCCAUGGCUGAGAAUAGCAACACAGAAAAGGAAGAUUGGAGGAAAAAAUGAAUAAAAUUAAAUGCACUUUUUUAUAAUUCCAUUAUUGCCCCUGUCACUAUUUAAUUAUCCCUUCCCUAAAUUUCACCAUUAGAUCAGUCCAUCUAGAUUCAAGGGUUAGAAGGAACUUAGUCAAGUGACUAGGCACCCCUAGUCACAGGGUCGGGACGAUCGCACUUUGCAACAAAUUAUUUCCCUUUUAACUCAUGGAAAAAAUUCCAAAAAACAAAGAGGAAUUUUGGUUUUGGAUAGAAUAUGAGUCAGCAAUUGGCGACGACCCAAUCGUAACGCCCUUUCCUUGCAAAAUUGCCCAUUUCUCCCCUCUGAGAUAAUAAUGAGAUUAUUAACCUCAACAAGGAGGGCAAAGUACGCGGCACGCCGAUCUACACAAACGCCACAUCACCGCCCGUCUCCGCACAGCCAUAACAGCAACCGACCGACCCCUUCUUCCCAUUUUCUUCGCCUCCUUUCCCUCGCACUCGAUUUUAUCCAAAACACACUUCAAGAUACAAGCUUGGAAGAAGGCCGGAGCAGAAGAGCAAUCCUCUAGCUACCCGGAUUUUCCUUCCCACAACCCAUUUUCCCUUUCGCCGGAGCAUGAUGACUUGGGAUGGCUUCGACGAUCCUCAGCCUCAUCAUCGUCACAAUCAUCAUCAGCCCGACGCCGGCGACGACCACCAGGACGCUUACCUCAAUUUCGAUUUCUUAUCUCUCGUCUCCAAGCCCCAGGACUACUAUAAGAUACUGGAAGUCGACUACGAUGCUUCGGAGGAUGCUAUUCGUGCCAAUUACAUACGCCUCGCCCUGAAAUGGCAUCCAGAUAAGCAGAAGGACCAGGACGAUGCUACUUCUAGAUUUCAAGAAAUAAAUGAGGCUUACCAAGUUUUAAGCGAUCCGGAAAGGAGGAGAGAGUAUGAUACUGUAGGGAUGUCACAUGUCUACGACUAUAACAUUAUAGAGUAUCUUAACCGUUAUAAGGGGCUCAUACUAACAUGUAACGGUCUCGGGAUCAAGCAAUCAAUUUGGUGAUGAGAAAAAUGGUAUGUGGAAACUGCAAUGGACAUCCUGUGCUGUCUUCUUCCAUACCUAAUGCUAUGAGGUAUUGUUUUUUCGGGUGAUCAUUGUGGUGGGCAGAAGGGAGAAAGACUAGCAGGGUUUUGGAUGUACCAAUGUAUCAGGGAAAUGUAAUCCCAUUUGUAUAGAAAAUGCACAAAAUAGUUCACCGUCGUAACUUGGUCAAUAUCAAAGCUCCAGCCUUUUUUUAUAUUCUUUAUUUAUGCAGGGUAGUUUCAUACACCCUCCCAAGUCCCAUUUGCUGCUGCUUCUUUCUAGGUUCAAAGGCCAUGAUGUGGGAACUUACAAAACAUCAAUCUAACUGGAUGCAUUGUUUCUGGAAAUGUUUCUUCGGGCACAUCCAAUAAAUUUGUUUCUGGAGAUUAGGAGUGUGCAACGGUUUAGUCCGGACCGGAUCAAGAACCACGUUCCAUUAGUGAAAGACAUCUUAGGAUCAAGGAUUGGACCAUAAUUGCUUUCGACCAAUAUGGUAAGGUUUGGUCCGAUUCAAAUAUCAGUUCGGUCUCUAAUUUUUUUUAGUAAUUGUAAAAUUCAUGUGGACCAAGAACCAGACUGCAUUAUAUGGUACGAUUCGGUCUUGGAUUGAACCAUUGCACACUCCUACUAGAGAUAGAUCUGAAUGAAACUAAGUGGCCAGUAUUCAUAGAAAAAGGUGCCCAUUGUCUGGGUUAAAACAUCUUUAAUUAGCAAAACCUGAGACAACCCAGGUUUAAGCAAAUAAAACUUAGUUUUUGUUGGCAAUAUCGAGUUUUAAGCAAAUGUUUGUGUCUGGCUGGGGGUAGGAGGCAGGCAUACAAUACAAUGGCCGCCGAUCUCUCUUCGAUUUUUGUGAAGCUCGCAUACAAUGGCCGCCGAUCGAGGAGCCGGUUGUAGAAGUCGUGGUCGACUUGGAGGGAGAAGGUAAUCAACCCAGUCCCAAUCUAGAUUCUUCGACCUUUCUCUAGACUUCAUUGGCUUUGAUCCUAGUGUGUCGUCGUUGGACGAUGGGAUACCCGAGACUCCGUCGUGUGUAGCAAUUUGUUGCGGAGUUGGUUCGACGAUGAGGUGCGAGGGGAAGGAUCCUACGGGGGAAGGGAACUCUAGUGCUCAAUGUAGCAGAGCGCAAGGAGCACUCAUUGUUCGGGUUGGUGUUGGGGUUCCCGGAGCAGUUCGAUAGAAAUUCCGAAGACAGAGUCUAAGGGUGACCAUGAAUGAGGUUGUUCGCGUGACAGCAGAGGCGGAGCUAGGAUUUGACGUUUGGGAGGCCGGAAUUUCAUUAGUAUAAUAUUGUGAAAAGUCUAAAAUUUUUAAUAAAUAAAUUAUUUAAAA